AUGGUGGGCAGGCAGGCAUGGCAGGCAGGCAUGGCAGGCAUGGCAGGCAUGGCAGGCAUGGCAGGCAUGGCAGGCAUGCAUGACUCCCUGCGGCUGCCCGCCGUCAAGAUGCGCUGGCGGGAGAAGCUGCAGACGCAGCGGGUGAAGAGAGCACUGUCCUUCCGCUGGUCGCGAGCUUUCUCCGGCGAUGCGCUGCCCGUCUCUCCCACGCACAAGGGGGAGGCCGGCCCGUCGGAGGGCCUGGCGUCCGUGGAGCGGGCCCUCACCUACUACCGCGCCAUCCUCGACAAGGGCGUCCUGGAGCUGCUGCCGGGCACGGCAAGCCGGGUGCUGGAGGCCGUCUGGAGCCUUCUCUCCGGCCUGCCGCCCCAGCCCCUCAGCCCGGAGGUAGCGUGGCGCGAGCGGCGAGUGUACCGCUCGCUCACGGACCUGGCGCGCUGCUCGGACCGCUUGCUGGUGGGGGGCCGCCCCCCCGAACACUCGGCCGCUCUCGCCGUCACGCAGCGCGUGUCCGACAGCCUGCGGGAGCUGCUCCGAGUGAUGCAGAAGCAGGAGGAGAACGCCCCCCCUGCGGACGAUGUGGACGGACGCUCGCUGACAGCGCACGGGCCGGACGCCGCCGAGCCGACGUUGGACCGCUCCGCCACGCUCCCCACGCAGCACAGCCUCUCCCUGGGGGUGCUGCUGGAGACGGACGUCGGACCGGGCCCCCCACCCAAACCUCCCAGGCCGCGGCCCCCCGAUUUCCUCUCCGCAACCGCCCUCACGGUGCCCAGCGUGAGCCUGUUCGCGAGGCGCGUCGCGGGCCACACCGCCCUGGUGCCCGUGGCCACCGUGCUGCCCAUGUGCCGCCCCGUGGGGGGCAGCCUUCCCCGCGACGGUGGCGUCGUCAGCUGUUCGCAGGAGGCGCCGUGUUCCACGCGGUGCUGCACCCUGCCGGCGCUGCUCAGCAAGUCGCCCCUCGUCUCUCCUCCUCCGGCGCCGACGUCGGCGACGCCGGCGGUGGCAGCCGCGGCGGCGGCGAUGUCGCCGGCAUUGGCGGCGGCACCCCUGGAGAUGCGCGGCACGUGGAGUCGCUCGGAGGAGCUGCUGGUGUCGGGCGCCGACGAGCCAAGGAGCGGCGCCGGCGUGCUGGCCUUGCACACCAGCAUCGAGCUGCUCGACCUGGAGAGCGAUGGGUGCUCCAUGCCGGAGUUCCUGCCUCCGUGCGACGGGUGCUGCACCCUGCCUGCCUGGCACAGACAUCAUCAGCAGCAAGAGGAGGAGCAGGGUCCGCUGCUUCUCUCCGAGCCGGUGUAUCCCUCCUACCCUCGCCGCCGCCACCGCCACAACGACGACGACCACCACCACCGCGACGACCUCGGCGCCACUGCCACCCUUCCCAUGAACCGCAGCCGCUCGGGUCGGCCGUCCGUGUCGCCACCACCGCCGCCCCGUCACGCGAAGCGGAGCGAAGAGGGCGACCGUCCGCCGCCGGCAGGAACGCAGUGCGGCGGCGGCGACGACGGCGGCGAAUACGACGGCGGCGGCGGCCCUCCGCCUCCGCAGCUGCCGCAGAAGAAGAGGCGAGCGUCGGACACGGGGCGCGCGUCGCUUCCGUCGGCGCUGCUGCUCGCUCCGUCGGGACUGGCCGCGGCGCCGCCACCGGCCUUCUUCUCCUCCUCCUCCGUCCUCCUCGCCGCGUGUCGCGAGGAGGAGGCGGAGGAUCCGUCGUCGUCCUCGCCGCCGGCGUCCACGUCGGAGGCCGCGCUCACGCCGGGCAUCUUCACGCCGCUCGGGCAGCUGGCGCCGCAGCCGCCGUGGGAGCUGCAGCAGCGGCAGCAGCAGGAGCUGUUCCCGCACGAGCUCUCGGUGGAGCCGGCGCAGCAGCCGCCGCCGCUGCCGCAGAAGAAGAGCAAGAUCCAGACCUACAUGCAGCUGCUGUCCGACUACGCGCUGCCCGUAUCGAGCUCUGCUCAGCUACCUCCGACACCGUUCGCGCCGUUCAGCCCCUCGUCUCCGCUGCCCUCGCCACUCUCCUCCCCCUCGGCGUCGCCGCUCUUCGCCUGCUCGGCCUUGCCGCCAGCCCUGCCGCCAAAGCGCCGGCAAACCAUGGUGAUUGUGACGGAGGUCUGUCCACCGGUCGUUCCAAGCGAGCGGUUCGUUGCGUCCGGAGGUCGACCCUUUGGCGACCCCGAUAGCCCCGGGACUCAGGCGGCCAACGACGAGGUGUUUACGCUGGAGCGCGAGGAGGUGACGGGAGAGUCUCGAGCGCUCUCAGUCACCGAUUUCACGGAGCUGCACGCCGGGCUCGUCUUCAAGAAGGAGGGAGAGGACGGGCCGAACCUAAGGGGCGGCUACGUCAACUCGCUCCUCGUCUACGCCACCGUGGAGGGCAGCGCUGGCUUCCGGGACGUGUUCCUCAUGACGUACCGCUCCUUCCUUUCGCCCAAGGAGCUGUUGCAGAAGCUGCUGCUCCGGCUUGCCAAGUUUUGCCGCGCUUCGGGAGCGGAGGAGCUGAUUGGACGAGACACGCUGCACAUGACUCUGCGCGUCGUGCAGGAGCUACGCCCGCGGGAGCUGUCGCGUGAGCUGCUGUCGCUGCUGCUGGAGGCGAGCUGCUCGCUGCUCUCCGGGGGGGACCUGGGGGGCGCGCGGCGCCUGCGUGAUGCGGUGCUCGCCAAGGCCGAGGAGCGGCGCCUCGAGCAAGCGGUGCCGCCCGCAUCACCGCUGUCGGCGCGCAGCGUCUCGUCCAGGAAACGGACGCUGCUCGACUUCCCGAGCCAGGAGCUGGCGGAGCAGCUGACGCUGCUCGACUCGCAGCUCUUCCUCAAGAUACAGAUCCCGGAGCUGCUCAUGUGGGCGCGUGACCAGGCGGAGGAGCAGAGCCCGAACCUGGCUCACUUCACAGAGCACUUCAACGCCGUGUCCUACUGGGUUCGUUCGAUCAUAAUUCAGCAUGAAAGGGCACAAGAUCGGGAGAAAAUGCUGAUUAAAUUCGUCAAGAUUCUCAAGUGCCUCCGGAAGCUGAACAACUUCAACUCGUACCUCGCCAUCCUGUCGGCCGCUGACUCGGUGCCAAUCCGCAGACUGGACUGGCACAAGCAGACGAGAGAGCGGCUGGCGGAGCACACGAGCAUCAUGGACAGCUCGUCAUCGUUCCGCGCCUACCGAGCGGAGCUCGCCGACGCUCAGCCGCCAUGCAUCCCCUACCUUGGGCUGGUUCUCCAGGACCUCACGUUUGCCCACCUGGGAAACCCCGACACCAUCGACGGGAAAAUCAACGUGGCCAAGUGCUGGCACCAGUUCUCCAUUCUCAGCACUGUGCAUCGAUUCCAGCGCUGCCGGUACCAGCUGAAGCGCAGCGAGACCAUCAUCGCGUUCUUCAACUACUUUGGUGACCACCUGUCGGAGGAGGCCCUGUGGGAGCUGUCGGUCAAGAUCAAGCCCCGCAAAGUCGCUCCGCGGCGCAGCAGCAGCGUGCGCGAGCCGGCGCGCUCGUGAGCCCCGGGGCCACACCGACCCUCCCACGCUUCGAGAGGCGUGCCGGCCGCCGCCAGUUGCGUACGAGCGGUGCGCCGAGUUCGCGUUACACGCGUGGUGGUGGUGGUCGGGACCGAUGGGGGCGCACGGAUGGACGCAGGAAUGACGACGCCGCCGAAAAAAGAAAAACUUGACGAUCGAGUGGAAGCUCGAAUUUCGUGAAUCGUGAUAACCUGUCAAAUCACUCGGUGGCGGGGAGGUGCUAGGAUUUGUGUGAAGACACAACCGACGCACCAAGCGACAAUUCUGGAUCCAUUCGUAACAUCCGAGUCUCGAAAAUUAAUUUGUCAGACUGCACAGGGGGACGGUCGGGGGGAGGAGUGGGCGAAGCGUUGCCUUUGUCUCGCGGGACGAGCCCGUGUCCUUUCGGGACUCUGGCGGUGCGUCCUGUCACCCAAUGUGGUGUUUGCCGAGUGGGAAAUGCUCGCACGCAUCUGCUGCUGCUUCUCCUGCCCUCUCGUGAAAAAAUAUGGAAAGGAAAAUGUAGCGAUGGUCCAUGAUGAUGGUGAUGGCGGGGGUGAUGAUGUUGUACCAGUGCCAUACCCUCUCCAUUUGUAAAAAAAGAAUGUGUUUACCACGAAUCAAACUGACUUUAAGUUUACAGAAUUAAUACCUUUUUUGUUAAGCUUCUGGCUGCAGUGCCGAUGUAAAAACACAUUGCUGUGAAAGAGCCUUGCCACAUGACGUUCGAGGGCUCGCCGUGCGAGAAAGAGAGGCUUCUGGGACGAACAAACAUCGACCCCGAGAGGAAGGUCCGCGAGGUGGACAUGCCGGUCGCUGCUGGAAGUCGUUGCGAUGAGCGAGUCUGAGGCCGGCAUUUUCAUCUUUGUCGUACGGAAGUGAGCGUCGAUUCACUUGCUGGACAUCUGUGAAAAAGAACCACGCAGCUCAUCGGAUUCCUCCAGUCUAGAUGAAGAUUCUGAUUCCGUCGCGACCGGAGGCACACUCUUAACGGGAAUCGAGAUAAUUUAACAAAGGAAUAUCCGUACUACUUGUAAGGAUCGCCAUAAAUCACGACCAGAACUCAUGUGUGCACUCAAGGGGACUGGUAUAGUUUGUCAAGGGAGCCGUGUGUACAAACCAGGCUUUGCCUUUUAAAGUCAACAAAAUGUAAAAAAACUGCGUACAGUGUUGCUGAGACUGUAAUAUAAUGGCUUCUACGGGCUGUAUGUAUGCGUGUACAUAUAUUCCUCUGUAAAGCCUUAUAAACGCCUGGGCCAAGUCCUGUUUACAAGCACCUAAUGACGUUCAGCACGGUGCACAAGGGAACAGUGCUGCGAUCAGCAUCGCCCCACGCAUGGUCGCCUUUAUCUCCCCGGCGCUGACACUGCUCAUAUUGACACACUGUGCUAGGCACUCAUCGAAGGCUGAGCUGGGGCUAAGCGGAGGCCCCAGGACAAGUUCUAAAAGCAACCUGCCACCGAUGUUCACUUUGUUGUUUUGUUUAAUACGCAGCAGGCGUUUGUGACCAAUGCUAUCCAUAAUAGAGGUGUUUGUGUUAGAUCGCGUAAAUAUGAAUGUCGUUAAACCCGCCAUCACCAACAAAAUAUAACGAAUUGCCAUAUUUUGUUUACAUGACAAACCUCACUAAUUGGCUGUUUGAGGCGGUGGUGGGUUUUGACGGCACGCAUUUAUAUUUACGUGAUCUAGCCAAAAAAAAAGCCCCUUCUGGAUUUGUUGUUUUUGUUAGCACCGAGCGCAAAGCCACCGCGCGAUGGCCGCCCUCCACCGGGGCAAAACGCAAAACGAACAUCGGUGCUGGCAAGACAAAGGCAGGUCGCACUACGCCGUUGCAAAUCCACAAAUAGGUGCUCGCCGACGGGACUUUCCCCACAAAAGAUGUAAUUUACGGCAAUAGGCGCAAGAGAUCGAGUCCUUUACGGUUCGCGUGUGCGUGUAAAUGUAUGUGUACAUUAUAUAUUUAAAAAAAGGUAUAUAUAUGUUAUGUAUUAACCUACAGUGGUGCUAAACCCGUAUCCGCUUAAUGAACGAACGUUGUGCUGGCGUCCUCGAAUCGGUCCAAUGAGCGCGUUGCCCCCCCCCCCCCCGACGUCGCCGAGAUUUUUUUGCGGAGAUUGCCGCGCAGCUACGGCAUCGGCGGCAGCCACAACUCUUUUCACGUGCAACUCGCGUGUGCCCUUGGUGUAAGGGAACGAGCAACAGAGAGAUAGACGGGGAGAAUGGAACUACACAAAAUCCACCCAGGAACGGACUCGCAGCUGUCGGGGGAUAGAAAACAAGUAAUGUCUGGUGAAACGAGCGGUACUCCUGUGUAUACGGUAUUUUGCGUAAAAACACCGAUAUACGGCCCAUCAUCACUCUGGGGUCGAUAAAGUAAGUACCACGUUGCGGAGAAGUCUCUUCGUUUCAUAUGGAUAGAUUUGCCUCACCCCCUCCUGCCCCCUGCCAUAGGAAUGAGGAAUUUUCUACACUGGCACCAAGGCUCCAAAACGGCGGGGGGUAGGGAGGGUGGAUAAGCACCACCGCCUUGAUGGUCGUUCGUGCAGGAAAUUGCUUCGAUGUUGUAGCCAGUCAAGCGAGAAAGAUGAAAAAACAUCGAUGGGUCGACGUGUAGACGCCGAUGUUGUCACCGCCGCCGUUCAGUGCUCGUCUUCUCCGAAGACUUGCGCAACGCGAGAGAGCCGUGUGAAUGCGGAUUCACUGCUUUGCUUUUUUCUUCUCUCCCCCCCCCCCCCCCCCUUUUACUGCGUGGAAAUUAAAAUGACGAGGUCCCAACUUUGUAAACUGCGGCGGCGGCGUCGGCGCGGACUUUUGCGCACUUGAGCGCGCGUCGCAGCGGGCUCUGGAGACUUGUUGUGAAUGGCGGAUAACUCGAGCACGUUCAACUGCAAGGAGAACAGUUACGCGCCAGUGUUGCAUUGCAAAGCCCAACCGUCUUGGACGUAGCGAGGUAUCCUAGGCGGCGUGGAAGCUUGCGGAUACUCUGCCAAUGAGUCGAACGAACAAACGGGGAAAGGUCGUUUGCGGGUUUUGGCGAAGGUGGACUUUGAGUCUCACUUUUCCGCCCGUGUGGUUUCCAUAUGACCCCCCCCCCCCACCCCAAGUGACCUUCCGUGCUUGGGAAACGUAAAGUUUUUUUCGAGUUGGUGAGACGCAAUCGAGCGACGAACUCGUCUCGCUCGUCUCUGCUUGGUGGUUGUGAAUAUUGACGGUGUGUGUGUGUACGUGUGAUGCAUGUCAACUGGGAGAGGGGGGGGGGCGAAAUUGGAUUUUUUUUUUACAUUGAAAGAUUUGUGUUGAAUGUCUUUAAGUCGUGGGUCGGAGCACUCCUUCAGUUCGACGACUUGUGCAUCACCUGCACUCCCACCUGCCCUCCACGUGACCGUGUUGGCGAGAGGGGCAGUUAGUGCACAUGUCCGUUUUGGUAAACGCGGCGGUUGUUCUUUGCAUCCUCGCCAUCAUCAUUAUUAUGAUGACCGUAUUGGAUAAUGCCGAGUUGUGUGUGACGGGUAACUGAAAGUCCUAUUCGGCCUUGCGGCUCGGUGGGGGGAGAGCAACCGGGCUCCUCUUAUCGGAAGGUUGAAAAUUCAAAUCCUGGUUGUGAGUGGGGGAGUGUUUGAACCCCAUCAUCCUCUCGAGAGGGGGGGUGGGGUGGUCGGUAAAAUACAUACCACAUUGUGGAGAAGAGGGCAACGGUGGUUGUCCUCUGGAGAGAAUUUGGCAUUUGGGAUGGCUGUGUGGGCCACUGCCGUGAAACCCCGGUUGGGAUUGGGAGAUCGUCACCUCGACUCGUUUUUACUUCGCUGUCGGGAAGGGACGUUCUCCCGGCCCCUGGUCUGUAACGUACUCUGCUCUGCGAUGUUGUAUUUAAGUGGGCAGAUUGGUGUCAUUUUUUUUACAAAUAAAUGUUUUAUUGUUUAUAUAUAUAUGUGUGUGUGCGCGCUUGUGAGAAUGCGUCGCGCGUGGGUUAUUAUCGUGUGGUUUACAUUUUGCGUGUCGCGUUUCCAAAAUCCCAGGACCUCGCUCGCACCCUUUCAUCUUAAAAUAUUUUUGUUUAAAUCCUCUUUUUUGGGGAAGUCAUCAGUUUAU